CGCAAACAUCAGUGUGACAUGUAACCUACAAAAUUACAAGCCUUUAAUGAAAAGUUAAACCUUUAAAAAACAUGGAAAGAGCUAAGUCAACUAAGGAACAUAAAAUUUGCGCAAAAAUGCUGCUUGCACACAUAACUAAUUGUGAAGAAAAUUAGCAUGAAACCAUAUCGCAGAUCAAAUAAAGUGUUCAUGGUUGAACAGCUACGGUCGGCGACGAGGCUGGGACGCAUGCGCGUGCUGGCUCGGGAGUUCGCGGGCGACGUACGCUCCCUCUGGCGGUACGGCGCGCCCUUCCCGACCUUCCUCAAACUCAUCGGCACGCUCAUACUCUGCCUCCUCGUCGUGCUGCCUCUCGUAUACCCCGUGUUCGUCGUCGCAAUCACUUACUUCACUUACGAAAGUCUUUUCUUGAGCUGGUGGCUGGACGAGCCAGGGCGGUUCAUGCCGACCGCGAUAGCUCGCAGGGCGAUCUCCGCCGCAUUCCGUCCUGCCAGCACUCCUGACGUGUGGAAGGUCCGAGAGGUGCUCACUCGCGGCAUCCUCCUCACGCACUCGCUGGCCACCUCCGUCGAUUACCUCUGCGUCAUGCAAGGACUCCUCGAUGAAGCCUAGAAAUGCCAACAACUACCUAUCAAACAUUAUAACCAAAUAGGUAGAUAAAUUAACAAGGUUCAUUGACUUUUCCUUUCAAUUGAAUAAGUAACUGAUAUCAUUAUUUAGUAUUAAACUACAUUCACGCCUAAUGU